AUGGACGCCUUCAUGCCCUUCGAUGUCAAUUCGGAGGCCAUGUCAGAUGUUGACUGGUCAAAGACUCCCGUCGGACCGCACGAGUCCUGGUCUUUGGCGCUCAAAUGUCUCGUCAACUCUUGCGUUCUACCCAUGACGCACUGCAGCGCCAUAUUUUGGGGAUUGGAUGGGCAAGGCACAAGCGCACUUCAAACGUACAAAGCAGAGGCUCUCAGUACCUUACAGCGUGUAGUGCGCGGCAGGACCAUCAAGGUAGAUGCAAAGUUCUUUCUAGACAACAUCCCUGAGGGAGAAGGCGACUCGCAGUUACUGCUUAGUACCCUGCUUGACGAAAAGGGGAGUCGACAAGGAGUGCUGGCACAACUCAUGCAGAAGAACACCGUCGAAAAAUACACAGCGCUCGAAGGUCUCGAUAAACUGGCCUCACAAAACCCGACAAGGAAGAACAACAGCAAAUCCAGCAACAAGAAAAAAGAUGCAAGCAAGUCUGGUGAGAAGGUCGAUGCGAUGCAGACACAACUGUUUCAACGGUUUGCCGAAUUACUGCCUAACGGACUUGCGAUCCUUGACAAGGAACUCGAAGCUAUUUUCGUGAACGAUGGCUUUUUCAAGCUCACAACAAACAAAAUGGCAAACGAGUUCCGCGCCUGGCCCGAGAGCAUACACCCAAGCGAUUACGACCGAGUCAUGUCUGCUUAUCGCAAGGCCUUUUCCCGUCGAGAAGACCUUAGAAUCGAAUUCCGAUGCACGAGUGAGGCCACAGGCGAAGAAGGCGAGUGGAGGCUAUUCUUAUUCCGACCAUUGAACGAAGACCCGGAAGCCGGCUUUAUUUGUGCUGUCGUGGAUAUUACUGAGAUCAAACAAGCCCAGCUGGCUCAAGAAAAAGCCGCUACCGAAGCCCAGGAAAGGAAAGAACAACAGGAGCGGUUCAUUGAUAUGGUCUCACACGAAAUCCGUAACCCGCUCAGUGCUGUCAUGCAUCUAGCCGAAGAGGUCAAAGACGUUGUGCGCGAAAUAGGCUCUAGCCACGAAGACAUCAAGGACCAGGUAUCAGAUAUCAUGGAUGCUGCUGACACGAUACUGCUUUGCGUCUCGCAUCAAAACACUCUUGUCGACGACAUCCUCUCUUUUUCUAAACUAGACUCUAUGAUGCUAUCUCUGGUGCCCCGUGUUGUACGUCCUAAAUGGGAGUUCUCCCAAUCACUCAGGGUCUUCCAGUCCGAGUUCAAAGCAAAGAGUAUCAAAUUUCAUUACGCGAUGGAUAUCUCGUACGAUGAUCUUGAAGUCGAUCACAUCAUUGCAGAUCUCAACAGGAUGAAGCAAGUGUUGGUAAACCUGAUAACAAAUGCUGUAAAGUUCACAUCCAGGAAAAAGGGCGAUAGGAAAAUAACAGUCUCCAUGGGGGCUUCGAAAGAGCGCCCGACAUCCUACCCACCAAACGUCAUCUACUUUGGCCAAGAUAAGGAAACUUUUCACAUUGACUCCACCAAGUCCUCGGAGUGGGGCAACGGCGAACCCUUUUACAUCAUGGUAGCCGUUAAGGACUCGGGCAUAGGUAUUGGCAGAGAGGACCAGGCCAAGCUUUUUGAGAGGUUCAGGCAAGCAACCCCGAAAACACAGGAGAAGUAUGGGGGUUCUGGACUUGGCCUUUUCAUCUCCCGCAAGUUAUGUCAGCUGCACGGUGGCGACAUCGGUGUAAGCUCCAAGGAGGGUGAGGGAUCAACUUUUGGGUUCUUCUUCAAGGCCCGCCGAUCCGAUGGAACCACCGGCGAAGACGGACGGCCUCCUUUCGCAUCGCGUACAAAUUCCGAAAACCCGUCUACUCCUAAUCAGCGGGCGCAAACACCCCGUCCAGGCUUUAGGCGCGGGAACUCACAUCUUUCAGAUGUCAAGGAGCGAACAAACGAUCAGGGUCGACAAGAGAUCAAGCUGGAAACAGGAGACAACUCGAAAGAGAACACUUCUAUGAAAAACGAAACUUCAAAACAUGGAAAACGUCCAAAUCUUAACCAACUGACCAGCCGUUCAGGGGUUGACCCUGACGAUGUCAAUUCAUCUCUCAAGGAUCCGCCCACAGAAUACUUUCCCGAGUCGCACCCUGCAGCAAAUGAAGACGAGCGAUACCAUGAGACUGAUACUGUUGCUAAACAGAUUAGCCCUGCCUUAGAAGGACACGAUGGUCGCGCGUCUUAUGCCGAGUCAGGCGAGAGCGCCCGCCAGCAAGCGUCGGCUGAUAAGGCACACCAGGCACAAAGCUUCAGACGCUCGGAAGACAAACGAACGCUUCUUCUAGUUGAAGACAACCUCAUAAAUCAAAAGGUCCUCCGUCGCCAGCUACAGGCUCGUGGAUUCGAAGUUUUUGUGGCAAACAACGGACAAGAGGCUAUCGACGCUGUAUCUGCACGUGGGCAAACUAAUGCUGACGACGUGCAUAAUCGGAAUUUCUUUGACUGUAUCCUAAUGGACCAGGAAAUGCCAAUCAAAGAUGGCAACCAAGCAACAUCCGAGAUUAGGCAAUUGCAGGACGAGGGCAAGGCUGGAUACAGCAAAAUUCUUGGCGUCAGUGCAAACGUGCGCGAGGCCCAGCGGAACAGUAUGCGCGAAGCGGGCAUGGAUGAUCUCAUCAGCAAACCGUUCAAGGUGGAUGCUCUUGUCAAGAAGAUUGAUGAAUUGACGAUCGGGGGUAACGAAGGCAAUGGCGUAGACGGGAAGCUCACAAAGGAAGUGGAGAGAUUGGAGAGGGGCGAGGAGUUGGAAAAGGAAUCACUAAUGGAAGGAGAGAGGGAGAGAGCACAGGAGGAGCAAUCGAAUAAGCAGGACUGCGAUAACAAGCAAGACGAGCAACAGGAGAGGCGGGCAGACGAACAAGAAGAAGCGAAGAAAGACAAGAGUGACAACGGGGGUGAUAACGAACCGGGAGAAAGGAAGCUCGAAGGAGACCACCAGCAGAAAAUACAGAAACCAGGCCAGGAGAAGAACCAGAAGAACCAGAAGAGCCAGGAGAAGCAAGAAAACAAAGAUCAUGUUGGCCAGCAUCCAGACAAAGUUAAACAUCAGAUAAAGAAAGGGCUCAAGGAGGGGUAGCGAAAUACGUUCUCAUAGCGCGUACUGACAGCAUCGCGUGGUGUUUGAGCGUUUCAGGGCUAGAAACGAGGGUCGCCCAAGGUGGCAUUUUGUAACGACGGACCAUGACAGCAUGACUUCUGACUGA